GUGAAGACAGGCACACAACACCUGUGAUACUUCACACAUACAGACAGGAGCACAACUCAUGGGAUUCUUUACAUUUACAAUAUGAAGAUGUUUUUCAAAAGAGUUGGAACGUCAGCAAACACAAUGAGGCUGGAAACAAUAGCAAUACUUUUACUUACAGCAGCAACUACUACAACCCAAAGUACUGCAGACCCCACUACAUCCACAACCACUACAGCCCCAACUACAACCACAACAGACCCCACUACAACCACUGCAGCUCCCACUACAACGACUGCAGCACCGAUCACAACCACAACCACUGUAGCUCCCACUACAACUAUUGCAGCCCUGACUGCAACCACAACCACUGCAGCCCCAACUACAACCACAACCACCGCAGCCCCAACUACAACCACAACCACUGCAGCUUCCACUACAUCAGUAACCACUGCAGCUCCCACUACAUCCACAACCACUGCUGCCCCUACUACAGCCACAACCACUGCAUCCCCCACUACAACUACAACCACUGCAGCCCCUACUACAACGACAGCCACCCCCACAACAACCACAACCACAGUUACCCCCACUUCAACCACAACCACUUCAGCCUCUACAACUACGGCAAGCCCCUACUACAACCACGAACACUGCAGUCCCCACUACAACCACAACCACUGCAGCCCCGACUACAACCACUGCAGGUCCCACUACAACCACGGCAGACUCCACUACAACCACUGCAGCCCCAACUACAACCACAACCACUGCAUCCCCCACUACAACUACAACCACUGCAGCCCCUACUACAACGACAGCCACCCCCACAACAACCACAACCACAGUUACCCCCACUUCAACCACAACCACUUCAGCCUCUACAACUACGGCAGCCCCUACUACAACCACGAACACUGCAGUCCCCACUACAACCACAACCACUGCAGCCCCGACUACAACCACUGCAGGUCCCACUACAACCACGGCAGACUCCACUACAACCACUGCAGCUACCACUACAACCACAACCACUGCAGCCCCAACUACAGCCACAACCACUGCAUCCCCCACUACAACCACAACCACUGUAGCCCCUACUACUACCACAACCACUGCAGUCCCUACUACAACUACAACCACUGCAUCCCCUACUACAACCACAGCCAACCCCAGUACAACCACAACCACUGCAACCACAACUACAACCACAACUACUGCAGCCCCCACUACAACCACAACAACUGCAGCCCCACCUACAACGACAACCACUGUAUCCUCUACUACAAACACAAACACUGCAGCCCCUACUACAACCACAAACACUGCAGUCCCCACUACAACCACAACCACUGCAGCCCGUACUACAACAGCCACAACUACUGCAGCCCCCACUACUACAACCACAACCACUGCAGCCCCAACUACAACUACAACCACUGCAGUCCCUAUUACAACCGCACCCACAGCCAACCCCAGUACAACCACAACCACUGCAGCCCCCACUACAACCACAGCCACUGCAGCCCCCACUACAACCACAACCACUGCAGCCCUUACUACAACCACAGCCACUACAGCCCCCACUACAACCACAACCACUGCAGCCCCUACUACAACCACAAACGCUGCAGCCUCAACCACAACCACUGCAGCCCCAACUACAACCACAACCACUGCAACUCCCACUUCAACCACAACCACUGCUGCCCCUACUACAAUCACAACCACUGCUGCCCCAACUACAACCAUAACCACUGCAGCCUCAACCACAACCACUGCAGCCCCAACUACAACUACAAACACUGCAGCCCCUACUACUACCACAAUCACUGCAGUCCCCACUACAACCACAACCACUGCAGCCCCUAUUACAACCACAACCACUGCAACCCCUUCUAUAUCAACAACCACUGCAGCCCCCACUACAUCCACAACCACUGCUGCCCCAACUACAACCACAACCACUGCAGCCUCAACCAUAACUACUGCAGCUUCUACUACUAUCACAACCACUGCAGUACCAACCACAACCACCACUACUGCAGCCCUAAUUGCAACUACAACUACUGCAGCCCCAACUACAACCACAACCACUGUAUCCCCCACUACAACCACAACCACUGCAGCCCCUACUACAACAACAGCCACAACUACUGUAGCUCCCACUACAACCUCAACCACUGCAGCCCCUACUACAACCACAACCACUGCAACCCCCACUUCAACCACAACCACUGUUGCCCCGACUACAACCACAACCACUGCAGCCCCUACUACAACCACAACCACUGCAACCCCCACUUCAACCACAAACACUGCAGCCCCUACUACAACCACAAACACUGCAGUCCCCACUACAACCACAACCACUGCAGCCCGUACUACAACAGCCACAACUACUGCAGCCCCCACUACUACAACCACAACGACAGCCAUCCCCACUACAACCACAUCCACUGCAACCCCCACUUCAACCUCAACCACUGCAGCACCUACUACAACCACAACCACUGCAACCCCCACUUCAACCACAACCACUGUUGCCCCGACUACAACCACAACCACUGCAGCCCCUACUACAACCACAACCACUGCAACCCCCACUUCAACCACAAACACUGCAGCCGCUACUACAACCACAACCACUGCAGCCCCAACUACAACUACAACCACUGCAGCCCCUACUACAAUCACAGCCACUGCAGCCCCCACUACAACCACAACCACUGCAACCCCCACUUCAACCACAAACACUGCAGCCGCUACUACAACCACAACCACUGCAGCCCCAACUACAACUACAACCACUGCAGCCCCUACUACAAUCACAGCCACUGCAGCCCCCACUACAACCACAACCACUGCAACCCCCACUUCAACCACAAACACUGCAGCCGCUACUACAACCACAACCACUGCAGCCCCGACUACAACCACAACCACUGCAGCCCCUACUACAACCACAACCACUGCAACCCCCACUUCAACCACAAACACUGCAGCCGCUACUACAACCACAACCACUGCAGCCCCAACUACAACUACAACCACUGCAGCCCCUACUACAAUCACAGCCACUGCAACCCCCACUUCAACCACAAACACUGCAGCCGCUACUACAACCACAGCCACUGCAGCCCCCACUACAACCACAACCACUGCUGCCCCUACUACAACCACAACCACUGCUGCCCCAACUACAACCAUAACCACUGCUGCCUCAACCACAACCACUGCAGCCCCAACUACAACUACAACCACUGCAGCCCCUACUACUACCAAAAUCACUGCAGUCCCCACUAAAACC